UGUGUAGAUAUCCACCAAUGAACGGCACUGAUCUCUCACAAGCGUGCCACUUGUCACGUGUGGCAACUCCUAUCUGGCUCGCGUUGAUGCGCAGCCGAAAAUAGAAUAUUCGCUUACACAGUUUUCUUCUUCGUAUCUCUGGUGUCUGGUCCACCUGCUUUCCAUUCAGAGAGAGAGAGAGACCGAAGACAGAAAAAGGGGGAGAUGUGAAAAUCCCGCCUUCUCCGCCAUUUCUCCCUCGGAUCGAUCAAACCCCAACGCUAGUUUUCACUGCAGCUGUAUCAGAUCCGAGCUCUCAAUUUUCAUGGAGGGAGUCUCGGGCGGCGCCAGCGACGCCUCUGCCAAUCCUCUUGCGAAAUGGAGAAUCGAAUUCUCCAGGGCGUUUCAGUACUACCUAGAUCGAUCGACGCCGCAACCUGUCGGCCGCUGGCUGGGAACGGCGGGCCUCGCGCUGAUCUAUGCCCUCCGUUGCUACUACCUCAAAGGCUUCUAUAUCGUGUCGUACGCUCUCGGCAUCUACUUGCUGAAUCUCUUGAUCGGAUUCCUGUCGCCGAAGGUCGAUCCAGAGCUGGAAGUGAUGGAUGGGCCGUCGCUCCCCACCAAGGGCUCAGACGAAUUCAAACCCUUCAUUCGACGGCUCCCCGAGUUCAAGUUCUGGUAUUCCACGACAAAGGCCUUCUGCAUAGCUUUCUGCAUGACCUUCUUUUCUGUGUUUGAUGUUCCUGUCUUCUGGCCCAUAUUGCUGUGCUACUGGAUUGUUCUUUUCGUCCUGACAAUGAAGCGUCAAAUUCUACACAUGAUCAAAUACAAAUAUGUCCCAUUCAGCAUUGGAAAGCAGAGGUAUGGUAGGAAGAAGUCAUCUGCUGGCAGCAGUAGUUUAUCCAGGGACUGAUCCUUGGUGCACAUGUAUGCUCAUGACGAGUGGAAAGGGGGAAAAGAAUAUGGUAUGGGAUUGCUGAUUUUUUUACUUUCUAAAUUCGGAAGUGAACAUAUAUACCAUGUCAUUUGGAAUGCUCUUUACAUGUCUAGUAAACUUUGCCUACCCCCUUGGGGCUGUCACAACAUAUGCAACAUGUGUAUUGAUGAUUCUUUCAUCUAUUCUCGCUUCGCCCUUUUCUAUCAGGUUAAUGUGAUUGUGUCCUUUUGUUCAAUUGAAGUUUCACAGUCUAAUGACUGCUCCUGUAACUUAUCUUUAGUAACUGUACUAUACUGUUGGUACAAGUUCUUUGGCAUUUUGAUCUUCA